AUGCCUUGCGCUGCGCCGUGCAAUCGACUCCCGUGUGAUGAGCGAUGCACUGAGGCUCUCAGUUGUGGUCAUCAAUGCCCCAGUCUCUGCGGGGAAGAUUGUCCCGACGAUCUAUGCCAAAACUGCGGCAAUAAGGGAGAUGCCCGUGUUGAUUUCCUCGAGUGGAAGACAUACUCUGAGAUCAAUCUCGAUGAGACUCCCAUCAUCGUGCUCGGAUGCGGCCAUUUCUUCACAAGUGAAUCGGUUGAUGGAUUUAUUGGUAUGGACAAAACUUACACGAGAGACAAAGAUGGCACUUUCGACGGUCUCCAAACCUCUUCUUCUCUCGCGAGUGCCGUCCCAUCGUGUCCGGACUGCAAAACAUCUAUUCGACAAUUCGUGACCAAACGUUACAAUCGUGUGAUCAACCGUGCUGUCAUGGACGAAAUUUCCAAGCGGUUCCUCUCUAAGGGCCUUGCUGAGCUCCAAGGACUGGAAUCGCGCCUCAAUGACAUUGAAGAGGGGCUGGAUUUGAAGCGGACAAAAUUCUUCACGUCGAGCCCUCAUUUAGAGCUCAGGUUUCGAUAUGCGGAUUGUCAGCGUCUAGGGGCGGAGGCUUCAACUCUCAGCAAAACUAUGAGAGCCGAGAAUCAGCCAAUCAGACGACUUAUGGAUGCAAUUUCCAUUUGUAAAAAAAGAUCAAAAGGCGAUAUAUCCGUUCUUUCGGCGCGCAUGGAAGGGAUGACCAUCGCCUCCCACGAUACCGAUAAUCAAAUUACCACCAGCGCUCGACUCAUUCAGAUCAAGAUCCAGGAGCUGGAGUUGAGCGAUACGAUGAAGUUGAUAGGCUCGCGCAAGGGUUCCACAAUGGAUCCAGUGCUCGAAGUCCCGGGGCUAUCAUUGAGAUUAGCUCAACUGCUGGAAGAAUGCCGAGAUUUGAUCACUCAAGCCCAUCAAGCAAGUCUCUUACGCAUCGCUAUCACAGGCACUAUUUCGUUCGCCAAGAUAUCUCAGCUAAAUUGGUAUCAUUCUCGAAUUUAUCCGACUGGAAGUGGGGAUUCAGAAAAAGUACCUUGCCUCGAAAAGCCCGUGACUUAUCUUGAAAAUGCUCGCGGUUUACUUUCCACCGCAUUGAAUCUCUGCGACGAGAUCGGAAAUUGCCCCGAGCUUCGAGAACAAGUCCAGGGGAUGGUUCGUCUCUAUGAGGGACCACGGUAUGAGACGGUAACUUUAGAGGAAGUUCAAGCGAUCAAAACGGCCAUGGUCGGCGGACGAGGCGGAAUGGCAACGAACUCUGGGCAUUGGUACAAUUGCGCCAAUGGGCAUCCAGUGAGUGAAAUUCCCAUUACUAGAACCGACAUGUUUUAUCUCAAGGCCCAGUCUAACUCAAAAUCUUUGCUCUAG